GCCCCAGCACAGUGAGAAGAAUUGCCUUUACCUUCUUGGCUCAGCGCCUGCACUGAUUGUGCCAGAAAAGACUUUCUCUCUCUCUCUCUCUCUCUCUCUCUCUCUCUCUCUCUCUCUCUCUCUCUCUCUCUCUCUCCUGAGGAUGUCCACUGAGAUGAUGACCACUGAGCCAGUGCCGCCUCUGGAGCUUUCAGAUGACAUACUAGGCAAUCUCGACCCUCAGUGCAGCCCCUCAGAUGACCUUUCAGACCAGUUCAUUAAGGACUGUGACCUCAAAAAGAAGCCAAGGAAGGGGAAGAAUGUACAGGCUACUCUGAAUGUUGAGUCAGAUCAAAAGAAACCCAGAAGGAAAGAUACACCAGCAGUGCACAUCCCGCCUUUCAUCCCAGGUGUGAUUUCGGAACACUUAAUCAAAAGAUAUGAUGUUCAAGAGAGAAUUCCAAAGGGCAAAACAGGCCCAGCUCUUCGUAACACUGAUAUGGAACAAAAAAGGCCAAGGAGAAAAGACACGCCUGCCUUGCACAUGCCUCCCUUUGUUGCAGGUUUGACUCUGCUCCGGGAUGAGAGCGCCGGAGUGAUUAUGGAGGAUGAAGAAAUGGAUGGUGACAAGCUAGCUAUUUAAAGACAUCUCCCCUGAGAUUGCGUGUAAAUAGAUUACAUUGGUUCCCUAUGGCGAUCUUGAGGGAAAAAAUAGAUUUGUCUCUGCUCUCAUUUUGUCCUAGUCGACUCUGUGAUCUAGACGCCUCCUCCCCAGGAGACCUACUUCUCAGAUUGCUGGUCAGGUCGCCUCCUUGUCUUUCCUCUCUUGCUUUUUAGCCCCACCUCCUAAACUUUUCAUUUUUCUAUACAGUACAAAGGAAAGUGAUUUUUUUUCCCUCCAAAGUAAGAGAGGUGAGACCUCAGUGCUCCGUGUCUGCAAGCAAGAAAACCUGGAUAAAAGAUGGGAGGGGGAUGGGAGGCCCUCCUUUCCACCUGGUUUAGUAGCAGGGCAGUCCGAUUCAGCAUCAAACACUCAGGAAUCUGGCAGGGCCACAGCUGCUGUUAGACUGUAAGAACAUUUGGACUCUAACGCAUGGACUGCUAUGAUGAAAUGGUUUUUUCUUUUUUUCCUUCCUAUCUUGAGAGUCCAACUCUGGUCAUCUUCUCCUCUGAAGACCCUCAUUACAGAUGUUAUAAGGGUUCAAGAAGAAGCCAGCCCAUCAUGCAAGAAUAAAAGACAUCAGAGGCAGAGAAUGCUGGUCUCUCUAGGGGGGUCUUAUACUUAAUUUAUUGUUAAAAAAAGAGAGUUCUUAACUAUAUUGGUUGGUGUGAUAUUUGUGAAUUAUGUCAUAAUGGGAGGUAAAUAAAUACCAAUGAUUGUAAGGAAUUUAUUUUUUUAAAUCUAAGGCCAGUUGAAGGUUGUUCUGAUAUUUUCACCAUCUCACUUAUUUAGACUCUGAUACAUUUUCUUGUAUAAGAGGUGGUGUUGUCUAGUGAACACAGAUGUGCAUUUGGCUCCUGUGCAGCUGGCAUUCUCUGAGUGCCCAUAGGGUCUCUUUGCAUCUGUACUUCAUCAGCCAGACAGCAGACAGAGAGAAGGUGAGGACUAAACAGGAGAAAAGCACAGGAUCUAGUGCUCAGACGGAGGCAGGGACCAUGGGAUAGUUCUGUACAUACUGAGGUCCAGCUGUUUAUUAUCCUUUCUGUCUUUCUGUUCCCCUUACAGAGAUGUGAAAGAUGCAAUACAUUUCAGAAAUAAAGAUACUUCAGCAUUCAU